UCUAUUUUUUCUCCGGAGUAGUUUGUUCGCGUUUUUUUGUUCUACACUAUCUCAAUUUGGGGUGAGCAAAAUUUCGAUCCACUACGACUCCAACUUCAUCUACUACAAGAACAUGGCGAUGACUAUUGAAGGCUUGCUGGGCUUGCUUUUAUGUUUUCAUCUAGUAUUCUGUUGCAAAUUCUGGCUUGUGCAUUAUAUAACAACUGGUGGCCAAUGCUUUCAGGUGAGACAGGCUAUGACAAGUUGAUCAUGCUACUUAAUAUCGAAUGCAUUAAAAUAAUUGAUGUGUUUUUUUAUUAUUUUUUUUAUUUUUUGGUGCGUGUGUUUGAUUUUUCUUGCAGAUGGAUAGAUGCUGCUAAAUUUCUUACCGGAGCAUCUGCUGUGGGAAGCUUUGCAAUUCCUAUUAUUCUUAGGCAUGUUCGUAUGAUUUCGACAGGUGCAAUGUUCAUUGAAUUUACAUCGUUCAUCAUAUUUGUCUGCACCGUCUUGUGCUUCCACCGUGCCAGCCUUGAAGACGACUGGUAAUAGAAUACUGGCUGGAAGUCUUCAUGUAACGUACAUAUAUUACUGAUUAGUUCUGCAAAUGUAUGGUCCAUUAGGGAGGGAAAAGAAACAGAAAAUUUUCAGUAUGUAAAUCUCCAUAUUGAAUUUAUAUCUCCGACGAACGGAAGAAAAUAUUGAUUUA